UCCAGACUCAUCUACAAGUUCCCUUAUCUUCCCACACUCGCUUUCAAUCACGAUCAUGGCGACCACUCCCAAUCUCAGCUUUCUAAAGCUGGACUUGAUAGUCAACACUUUUACCAACGUAACCAUCCAAACUCCUUUUGAUAGCCCCAAGGUAGGGGUUUACAUCAUUUGAGGCCUUGCGUUCCCCUCGACUCCAAAGACAUCACCUGUCCUGGGUCGACUACCUAUAUCAUAUCGAAUUUGACCGAAGUCAAGUACAAUUACAAUUGAAAAGAAGAACAUAACAGAAAGAAACAGAAAAAAUAAACUGUAAAAUAAAUAUAAACGUCACAGCUCAAGACAAACCGUAAACAUGCUGUUCGAAGACUUCCCGACCGAGAUUCUGGUGGACAUAUACCUGUCAUGUACUACCAUCAUCGACACCAUCAAUCUCUCGACCACCUGUCACCGCUUCCGUCGCAUCUACAAAUCAUCUCGUAACCUACCCAUUCUUGAGCAUGCUGCUGAAUCGCAGUAUGGUCCCUUACGCGACCUAACCCAACUUCUCACUCACAAUGCGAGUCAAGCUGCGCACCUCAGCCGCGAUGUACCAUUUAACCUCUUACUGCUCAAGCAGAUUGUCCACCAUGGUCGCAUAGCCGAGGAAUGGUGUUCGCUGUACCCUUUCAAAAAAUGGAAACACAACUUCGAGCACCGUCGCCUUUUGAAACCAGACGAAUGCUUCCGCCUCCGUCGCGCGAUCUAUCGGCUGUGGCUUUACACUCGUGCAUUUCACAAUCGUGCUCAUCCUCGCGAGAGCCGUAUGAACAAACUGGUUGUGCUUGAUCGUGCCGCACUGUUGCAUAACUGGAGUACCGUCGAACUCGCCGAGAUUGCUGAUGUUCAUGCCGUCAUGCGGGAGGUGGUUCACUCAAACGUGUGCCCUUCGAACGGGACCAUUGCUCGCAAGUUCAAGAAACGGCAUCCGGACGGCUAUGCUCCCCAGCUGCUGUUCAACAUUCACCUCAACUAUCCGCCGCCUCCGCAGACCCCUGCCGUGAACCCAUUCUUCAGUCAAUUUCACACAACACCCGAUGUCCUCUCGAAUCAUCUCCACGCACACAACAAUACGUCAUGGCAUUCACGCAAGUAUCAGACUACCAGCUAUCACGAGCCUGGAGGCGAGGGCUGGGGCGAUGAUAUCCCUCAUUAUUAUGUUGUCGAGGACAUGCUCAAGCUAGAUCCCGAACAGAUCUUGUGGCUUAAAGAAAAUGCACCACUGAAAGGACAAGUGGAGAUGUAUGUCAAGAGCCUUGGUGAUUGGUUCGAGAACAACGGCGAGACGUGGGGCCAGACACUGGAAUGGGUCUUGGGUCAGAGAGGUGAAGAGCCUGACGAUAUCCUGGGUGCAGUAGCUGAUGGAGAGCUCGGAAUCGCGAUCGUUGAUGAUUGAGAGGCCUAUCUGGUCUCGCUUUGAAUCAUAAUACUUCUUAGAUAACUACUUGAUCAAAUCGGCCACCGACAUUACUAUAGUCGAGCACACUAGAACAGGGUCUAGUACACUUCUAUAAUCUACAAACCAUCGACUAGAUGUCGUGCUAUAAAGAAUAUGUCCGAC